AUGAAGAUCGCACUGGGCACUGCACGAGGAUUACUUUAUCUCCAUGAAGAAUUCAGGGAUCAAAUCAUUCACUGCGAUGUUAAGCCUGAAAACAUUCUUCUCGACAGUGACUUCAGCCCGAAGAUAGCUGAUUUUGGUUUGGCAAAGCUGGUGGGCAGAGAUUUCAGCCGUGUGUUGACAACCACUACAGGAACUGAGGGGUACUUAGCCCCUGAGUGGAUCUCGGGACUCCCUAUCACUCCCAAGGUGGACGUAUACAGUUUUGGUAUGACGUUGCUGGAAAUUAUAUCUGGUCGUAGAAAUCUGGACUUGAAGGUGGAGGAGAGCAGGUUCUACUUUCCUACCUGGACUUCAUCGCAAAUUCAGAGAGGAAACAUAGUAGGUGUUUUAGAUGUAAGAAUAGCGAGUGAGGCGAAUAUCGAAGAGGUCAAAAGAGCCGCUGUGGUUGGGGAACUUUGUAUUCAAGACGAUGAAGAUAGGAGGCCGAGCAUGGGUGAAUUGGUGAAGAUACUGGAAGGCACGAUGAAGGCUCCUGUCCCGUGCCACAAAUUCCGAGAUCUCUACAGGUGCUGGUAG